AUGGUGGACCAAACCGGAUCCUCGAAUCGAUUUGCAGGGGUAAUAGCUCGGUACAGACCAGAUCUAAAGCCUUAUGAGGAGCUAUACAAGCACCUUCACAGCAAUCCAGAGCUCUCGGAGCAAGAACGCGACACCGCCGCUCUUAUCACGAAGCAUAUGAGAGAAAUAUCAGCCGAUUUCGAUAUUCGGACCGAUAUUGGCGGUCACGGACAAAUUGCUAUACUCGAAAAUGGACCGGGCGGCACUAUCAUGCUCCGGGCUGACAUCGAUGGCCUCCCAGUCCAGGAAAAGACAGGCUUACCAUUCGCAAGCAAGAAAACGAUGCUUGAUAACGAUGGCGUUACAAAACCAGUUAUGCAUGCCUGUGGUCAUGAUUUCCAUAUCACUUCGCUUCUGGCUGCUGCAGAAACAUUAGUAGCUGCACGAGCAGCUUGGUCUGGGACCAUAGUUUUCCUCUUCCAGCCAGGAGAGGAGCGUGCUGCUGGAGCUCAAUUCAUGGUCGACGAUGGUCUUUACAGCAAGCAUGGAUGUCCAAUCCCCGAUGUUGUACUCGGUCAGCAUGUGUUUCCUCUCAAGGCGGGUCACACAGCAACCAGGCCAGGACCAUUUAUGUCUGCUGCAGACAGCUUCAGGAUUACCGUCUAUGGCAGUGGCGGACAUGGAUCCCUCCCACAUAUGACUGUCGACCCUGUUGUGAUUGCAAGUCACAUUGUGGUCAGGCUACAAACAAUCAUCUCAAGGGAGAUUCCUCCCAACGAGAUCGCCGUCCUUACAGUUGGCGCCAUUGAAGGGGGAAAUACUGAGAAUAUCAUCUCCGAUCACGCAGUCCUCAAGGUCAACAUUCGGUCUGUAAGUCAAAAAUGGAGGGCAAAGCUACUGGCAUCUCUAGAAAGAAUCGUCAAAGCCGAAUGUCUGGCAGGAAAUUCUCCUAAACAACCUCUCAUCCAACCGAGCACCUCUUAUCCCUUGACUGAUAACGACGCCGAAGCUACCAACAACAUCAGUAGCGCUUUCAGUGAAUAUUUUGGCGAAAAGCACGAUUCUGCAUUCAAAGACAUUCUCGGGAGUGAGGACUUUGGUAUCCUAGGGUCUUUUGUGAAUCGCCCAUACUGCUUUUGGUUCUUUGGCGGGCACGACGCGGCUGUUAUUGAUGAAUUAGUACAAAGGGAUGAAGCACACAGGAUCCCAACUAAUCAUAGUGCCUUGUUUGCACCUAUCAUUCAGCCAACGUUGACGACUGGCGUUGACGCUAUGGUGGUGGCAGCGCUGGCUUAUAUUGGGAAGUAG